CUUUGCGGUAGCUUCCACCUCCUGAGCGCUGCCUCCCCAUAAGUUCAGAUACGGACCUGUUUAAGGCCUCGCACAGAUUUCAUCACAUCGACAUGGCCGGAGGAGUGGUCUCGAGUGCGAAUCCGGAAACGGCGAGACUUCGUCGUCGACUAGUUGGCCAGAGUGGUUGGGCCGGUUUGGUGGCGAACCAACGGGUCUUCUUCAUCGCUGUCUUUGCCUCGCUCGGCGGUCUUUUAUAUGGAUACAAUCAGGGAGUCUUUUCGGGUGUCCUGAGCAUGACAUCCUUCGACAAUCGUAUGGCAUCCGUGGUCGAUCACUCCGGUCCGAAGGGCUGGUUUGUCGCGAUCUUGGAACUCGGAGCUUGGUUCGGGGUUCUGGUCACGGGAUAUUUGGCUGACAAACUGUCCCGAAAGUAUACCAUCGUCCUUGCGGUUUGCGUAUUUUGUGUUGGAGUGAUCGUGCAAAGCGCAGCUUUCCAUCCGUCAUCGAUUUUCGGAGGGCGAUUCAUCACCGGUAUGGGCGUGGGAUCUCUGAGUAUGGCCGUGCCUCUCUACAACGCCGAACUGGCGCCACCGGAGGUUCGUGGUUCGCUGGUUGCGUUGCAGCAGCUUGCGAUCACGUUCGGAAUCAUGGUCUCGUUCUGGAUUGACUACGGGACGAACUUCAUCGGAGGGACCCACCAGUCUCAAAGCGAAGCAGCAUGGCGCAUCCCGCUUGCAUUGCAGCUCGUACCCGCCAUUACACUUGGUGUAGGAAUCUUGGCCAUGCCGUUCUCCCCAAGAUGGCUCGUAAACAAUGGUCGCGAGGAUGAGGCCCUUGCCGUACUUAGCCAGACCCGAGGGCUUCCACCGGACUCCGAAAUCAUCCAGAUCGAAUUUUUGGAAAUCAAGGCUCAGUACAUCUUCGAGAAGGAGAUUUCGUUGAGCAAGUAUCCCCAUCUUCAGGAUGCUUCGUUCCGCUCCGAUUUCAAACUCGGGGCUCUGGACUAUCUCAGCCUGCUACGCACGCGGACACUUUUGUAUCGGGUGGCCUUAGCGACUCUCACCAUGUUCUUCCAGCAGUGGACCGGCGUGAACGCGAUUCUGUAUUAUGCUCCAAGCAUUUUCAAGGACCUAGGUCUGACUGGCAACACCAUCUCCCUCCUUGCGACUGGUGUGGUCGGCAUCGUGAUGUUCCUUGCCACCAUCCCUGCCGUCAUCUGGGUCGAUAAGUCGGGCCGGAAACCAUUGCUGGUCUCUGGCGCGUUCAUCAUGGCUGCAUGCCACAUCAUUAUAGCCAUCCUUACUGGCCUCUUCCACAAGUCUUGGGAUAGUCAUCGCGCUGCCGGGUGGGCAGCCUGCGUCCUCGUUUGGAUCUUUGCUAUGGCUUUCGGAUACAGCUGGGGCCCGAUGGCUUGGGUGGUGGUGGCUGAAAUCUGGCCGUUGAGUGUUCGCGGGAAGGGUGUUUCCAUCGGAGCAUCGUCCAACUGGAUGAACAACUUCAUUGUCGGCCAAGUGACACCGACCAUGUUGACCCAUAUCGGAUUUGGUACCUUCCUGUUCUUCGGCGUGUUCUCCUUCCUCGGCGGAGUAUUCAUUCUAUUCUUCUUCCCGGAGACGAAGGGGCUCACCCUAGAAGAGAUGGACGACUUGUUCGGCGCCAGCGAAUCUUUAGCAGCAGAGGAUCAGGCACGGCUCGCCGAUAUCAAUCGUCGAUUGGGUCUCGACCAAUAUGCUGGCUCUGAGAAAGAACAGGACGAGAAACGGGAAAUCGCAUAGGUCGGGGUUUCGCCGACUAUACAUACCAUCCAGUGGUGAAUGUACGAAUAUCAGAGGAGUAGUAGUUGGUUGCCGCGAUGCAUACAAUCAAAUUCAGAGAAGCACGAGUCAC